AUGUUAAGUACCUUGCUCAGAGGUACAAAAAUGGACAAUAUUGACUUUGAAUGAAGAACCAAGCCCCUGGCACCGCCAAACCGUGCUGUAUUAAACGAAAUGGGUGGUGAUAGUAGUAGUCGGCCUGAAGAUCUGAUGAACAUGCAGCACUGCAACCUGCUGUGUCUUCCGGAGAAUUACCAGAUGAAGUAUUACUUCUACCAUGGCCUGUCCUGGCCCCAGCUCUCCUACAUAGCUGAAGACGAGAACGGAAAAAUAGUGGGAUAUGUUUUGGCCAAAAUGGAGGAAGACCCAGAUGAUGUCCCACAUGGACACAUCACAUCUCUGGCGGUGAAACGGUCUCACAGGCGUCUGGGUUUGGCCCAGAAACUGAUGGACCAGGCCAGUCGAGCAAUGAUUGAAAAUUUCAACGCAAAAUACGUGUCUCUGCACGUCCGCAAAAGUAACCGAGCAGCGCUGCAUCUUUACUCGAACACGCUGAAGUUUCAGAUAAGUGAAGUUGAGCCCAAGUACUAUGCUGAUGGGGAGGAUGCCUACGCCAUGAAGAGAGACCUAGCCCACAUGGCUGAUGAGUUAAGGAGGCCGGGCGCACGAGUUUGGGGUCCGGACACGCCCCCAGCUCAGGGACUCUCCGCCGCGGGGCAUUCGGGGAAGCUUGAGGAGCAAGAGCAGGAAAGGGAGGGAGAGAGGGACAGCGGAGGGGAGAGCAAAGAGAUGAGUGAAGUCAGCGAGGCCACAGAGAGCACAGACAUCAAAGACUCCUCCUCUGAUUCAUAAUACGUUCUCCCGUCAUCCCUGACUCCGCCUCCUACUCAAACUACUGUCUCUAUAUCAGCCAUUCAUUUUCUCUUAUUGCGCACUGACCAGUGCACUCCUCUCAGUCUGCUUCUUCCCAUUCUGAUCCUUUCUCCUUCCCCCUCAUUCCUACUGAUCCCUCCCCUCCCCUACAGUUAGAGACAUGUAAUAUAUUUCUCCCCUGACAAGGCAGGGGAUGGAGAGGUCACCUUCAAACAUCUGACUCCCUUACAGUAUAUGAACCUGUCCCAUAUGAAUAAAAUCACUUUGGACUUUUAUCUUCUUAUUUCAAAUUUGCCAUACACACUUAUCUGCAAAUAACAUUUGACAUUUGACCGUUAAAUAAAUAUUAAAGUUAUUAAAAUAUUUUUUAAAGUAUA